GGAUGAACAAAACACAUUCCGAUCAUAUCAGUUGCAUACAGAUGGUUGAUAAUCUUUUAAAAUCGUUGCUGCAUACAUAUGUAAUAAGAUAUAAACAUUUUAUGGGUAGGCACUUUAUUUAUUAUUAAAUCUCCUUCACAAUUGACGGUACGUAAUGCGUAAUACGUACGUUACAAUUCUAUAAGUUAAAGUGUAAAGGUAAAAGUGAAAAGUGAUGUUUUCUAUUUUUCCGACGCUCUUUUAUGUGAUAAUUUUCAUCAGUUUUGCAUACAUAAGCCGGAAAAUAUACGAUAGAAUUAAACGGAUAAUAAUUGUAAGAAAAAUACCGGGUCCUCGUGCUCUAUUUGUAUUUGGAAAUGUAUUUGAACUUUUGGAUUCUCCUGAAAACAUUUGGAUGAAAUUGAGAAAAUUUGGAAAAGAAUUUUAUCCAAUUUAUAGGAUUUUCUCAUUCCAUCUGACAGCAGUUAAUUUGCUAUCACCAGAAGAUAUUGAGAUAGUUUUAUCUAGUCCAGUCAAUAUAAACAAAGGAUUUUCAUAUUUUAUGCUUCACAAAUGGCUAGAGACAGGUCUCUUAACAAGUGAAGGCCAAAAAUGGCAAACCAGAAGAAAAAUACUGACUCCAGCCUUUCAUUUUAACAUUUUGAGAUCGUUUUCUAACAUUUUCGUCAAGGAAACAGAAGAAUUAGUAAAAGAAUUGAAUUUGGAAUGCUCAAAACCUUAUACCAACGUGGUUCCCUUAAUUUACAGGUUUACCCUAAAGGCUAUAGCAGAAACAGCAAUGGGGACCAAAAUGAAUAACGACAAUCAAGAUGAGAAGGAAUAUAUAAAAAACAUACACAGGAUGGGCAACAUUUCUAUGAAUAGACUUUUAAGGCCAUGGCUUUUCCCUCAAAUAUUCUACAGUUUAACUGAACUGUACAGGAUGGAACGCGCUGCUGUAAAAGCACUUCACGACUUUACAACUAGAGUUAUUAGAAAGCGAUUAAAAGAAUUUCGGUUAUCAUCGAGCGUCGUGAAAGAAGAACAACCAUCAGACGAAUGUUAUGGCGGGAAAACACGACUGGCAAUGUUGGAUCUUCUCAUAAAAACAAUGACUGAAGAAGGCAACAUAGACGAGCAUGGUAUUCGUGAAGAAGUCGACACUUUUAUGUUUGAAGGUCAUGAUACUACUGCUACAUCACUCUGCUUUUCUUUAAUGCUCCUGGCAUGCCAUCAAGAAAUACAGAACAAAGUUCGAGAGGAAGUCCUAGAAGCUUUCGGUAAUGCAAAUAAUGAAAUAACGUUUAAGGAUUUACAAGGAUUAUCAUACAUGGAAAUGUUCAUUAAAGAAUCUCUGAGAUUGUAUCCAAGUGUACCAUUCAUAAGCAGAAGAUUAGUCGAGCCUGUUACUACUCCUUCAGGCUACUAUCUACCACGAGAUACGGAAGUAAACGUUCACAUCAUGGACCUUCAUUUGAAUGAAAAACUAUGGCCUGAUCCUUACAGAUUUGAUCCUGACAGAUUUUUACCGGAAGCUACGAAGCAUCGACAUCCUUUCGCUUAUAUUCCUUUUAGUGCAGGACCAAGGAACUGCAUAGGUCAAAAGUUCGCAAUGUUGGAGAUGAAAGCCUUACUUGCGGGUGUUGUACGAAGUUUUCGGUUGACAGCUGUAGAUACACCCGACAGCCUCAUACAUGUUGUGGAUUUAGUGAAUAGGACAAAAAAUGAAAUCAAAGUUAAAUUUGAAAGACUAUAGUGCUAGUUAGUUUUGAUGCUGUUGUUGUUGUUAUGGUCUUUGUGUGGUUACUAGUAGUAUAAACAAGUAAAAAUAAAAUAUAUCUAUUCUCGUCAAA